AUGUCAGCUCACUACGGAUUGAACCACGAGACAAAACCUCACACGACAGCUCACUCCGGAUUGGACCACGAGACAAAACCUCACACGUCAACUCACUACAGAUUGAACUACGAGACAAAACCUCACACGUCAGCUCUCUACGAAUUAAACCACGAGACAAAACCUCACACGUCAGCUCUCUCCGGAUUGAACCACGAGACAAAACCUCACACGCCAGCUCACUCCGGAUUGAACCACGAGACAAAACUUCACACGUCAGCUCACUACGGAUUGAACCACGAGACAAAACCUCACACGCCAGCUCACUCCGGAUUGAACCACGAGACAAACCCUCACACGUCAGCUCACUCCGGAUUGAACCACGAGACAAAACUUCACACGUCAGCUCACUCCGGAUUGAACCACGAGACAAACCCUCUCUUACAGUAA